AUGGUUUCUGUUGGACGAAUUGCAUUGAUCACCGGUGCCUCCCAAGGCAUCGGCCGCGCCAUCGCUCUGCGCCUUGCGGAGGACGGCCUCGACGUUGCGGUGAACGACAUACAGUCGAAACACAGCCAACUGGAAGCAGUCGUGGCCGAGAUCAAGGCAAAGGGCAGGAAUGCCAUCGCCGUACCGGCAGAUGUAUCGAAAGAUGAAGAAGUCAAGACAAUGGUCGCGCAGACGGCGGAACGACUUGGCGGACUUGAUGUGAUGGUGGCGAAUGCGGGCAUCCUGUUGACGAAGCUACUGGUCGACACUUCCGUCGAGGAAUGGGAUCGCGUCAUGGCGAUCAACGCGCGCAGUGUCUUCCUCGCGUACAAGUAUGCAGCCAAGCAGAUGAUUGCACAAGGGAGAGGAGGAAGGAUUAUCGGCGCAUCUUCCGUAGCAGGCAGAAUGGGAUGCCUUGACCUUGGAGCUUACACCGCAUCCAAAUUCGCGGUGCACGGCCUGACACAAACUGGAGCUCUGGAACUCGCAAAAUACAACAUCACCGUCAACGCAUACGCCCCUGGGCUCAUCAAAACGCCAAUGACGGUCUCCGAGGAAGAAGAUAAGCGCUACGGAGGAGCCCCUGGUGCCGCAGCCAAAGUUGCAUUUGGGCUGCCUAACAUGCCUGAUGCGGGCCCGGAGGUCGUCGCAAGUCUCGUGUCCUACUUGGCAAAGCCGGAGUCGUACUUCAUAACAGGACAAACAAUCUCCAUGAACGGAGGCGUGUGCUUCGACUGA